AUGACCAGAUGGAAGUUAAGAAAAGAUGACGAGUCACCUAGUGUGGAUCAGACCUUAUACAAAUCCAUGAUUGGAAGCCUAUUGUAUCUUACAGCUUCAAGGCUUAAUAUAGUUCAAGCAAUAUGCAUGGUUGCAAGAUUUCAAGAAACCCCUAAGCAAUCUCAUGUCAAUGCAGUUAGAAGAAUCUUCAGGUAUCUGCAAGGAACACUUACUCAUGACUUGUGGUAUCCAAAGAAAGGAGAUUUCACUUUGCAAGGAUAUGCUGCUGUUGAUUGGGUAGGAUGCAUAGAUGACAGAAAGAGCACUAGUGGUGGAGAUUUCUUCUUUGGAGAGAGGUUGGUUUCAUGGAACAACAAGAAGCAAGAUUCUAUUUCUUUGUCUAUGACUAAAGUAGAGUACAUGAUUGCUGCUACAUGUUGUCCACAGGUUUUGUGGAUGAAACAGACUUGA